UACCGUACGUUUUCAUCGGUCUACGAUUGUUGGAGUGAUGACCUCUUCGGCUCUUCAUUACAAUUAUUAUCUUAUCUCGUUGCGCUACCUAUCUAUUUAUUUAUUUAUUUAUUUAUUUAUAAAAGUCGAACUUUACGUACUGUGAAAAUCAUUACACCUGCACUUGUACCUACGUGUGAAAUUACAAAUGUGUUCUUUUCAUGCAUGUUAUUGUAUACAUUUUUGAUACGUGUGUGUAACAAUUACCCAAAAUACGUGCUCACGUGCUCAGAUUUUUAUAUAAGACCAUGGGAUUCACAUUUAUGCGUAUAUAUGUUGUGUAUUACACGUUAGCUUUUCUAAUACACGCUAACGAUGGAGCUAAAAUUUUGGGAAUAUUCCCUAUGCCAGUUAAAAGCCAUUUCACCUGUAAUAACGCUAUAAUGAAAAGUCUAAUCGAAGCUAACCACGAAGUCACUGUAAUUACUUCAUUUCCCGAGCAAGCAUCCGCUGAAAAUUACUCUUCAAUUAUCGAUGUUUCUGCAAAAGGAAUGAUUUUUGUUGGCCAAUCGAAAAUUGAUGAAUUUGCAACGCAAAAUGUGUUUAGAUUUCUAAAUCUUACUAACGAUAUGGAACAUCCAUUCUGUGCCGAAGUAUUAAAGUUGCCAGAAAUACAGAGAAUAUUAAAAUCGAAUGAAAAACUAUACGAUGUGGUGUUUGUCGAAGUAUUACUAUUCUACAAAUGCUUUCUGCACGUUGCUGAAAAGAUGAACGUACCCGUUAUCGGAACUGUUACCAUGAGAACUUGGAUCCUCGCUGAUAUUGGAAUGAAUAAUCCUUAUCAUCCUGCUUACCUCUCUUUCGAGCCUUUGACUCAAAAAUGGCAUCUGGAUCAUAUUCUCGGACGAAUAGUCAAUUCGUGGAGUUAUAUUGUGAUGGCUUGGUACAAGAUUUUCAUUUCGCCGAAAUUAAUUAGACAGUUUCACGACGAAAAUUCUCAUUUACUCAAUUCUCUGGGAAGAUACAUGGAUAUCGAGCCGGAUAUAAUUUUUUAUAACAAUCACGCUUCUUUAUUACCCAGACCAAUGAAUCCUAAUGCGAUUGAUGUUGGAGGGAUACAUACAAACAAUGCUAAACCUUUGCCUCUGGAAAUUCAAAAAUUUAUCGACGAAGCCGAUCAUGGAGUGAUUUUAUUUACAUUAGGUUCCAUAGUUAGAGCAGCCUCCAUGACUUCUGAAAUGAAAAAUGCUUUCAAGAAUGCCUUCGCAGAAAUACCACAAAGAGUGAUUUGGAAAUUUGAAGAGAAAAUGGAAAAUGUGCCCAGCAACAUAUUGCUGCUUGACUGGUUGCCUCAACGAGACAUUCUAGAACACAAAAAUGUGAUUGCUUUUAUUAGCCAUUGCGGCUUGGGAGGUACAAAUGAAGCAGUCUACACAGCUACUCCUGUGAUUGCUUGUCCCUUAUUUGCCGAUCAAUUGGAUAAUGCUAAAUUAUUAGAAGAUCAUGGCGCUGCUGUUCAUUUAGACUUUCACGACAUUACGAAGGAAAAUAUUUUGAAUGCACUGAAUGCAAUUAUCAAUAACACAAGUUAUCGUGAUAAUAUGCGAAAGCUAUCGAACAGGUUUAAAGACCGACCAAUGACACCGCAGCAAAGUGUAGUUUAUUGGACCGAAUAUGUAAUCAGGCAUCAAGGUGCAUCUCAUCUUCGAAGUCCGGCAUCUCGGUUGUCUUGGUUACAAUUUUUCAUGCUCGAUGUCAUAUUUAUUGUUACAACUGUUCUAGUCAUUUUUGUAUUUUUACUUUAUUUUAUCAUCAGAAUUUUCUUAUCUCAUUUUGUACAGAUUAGAUGUUUCAAUAAAUUUAGAAAACCAAAAAAUAAAAAACUUUAAAAAAUUUUA